AUCUAACAAAAACCCAACUCUCCCUUCCACCUCAGCAAUCUCUCUCGCUCUCUCUCUCUCUCUCUCUCUCUCUCUCUCUCUCUCUCUGUGUUUUGUCUCUGUGUUGGUGUUUGGAAUCUCCGGCCACCAUAGCUGAGACAUUGAGAGAGGGGUUUUUGAUUUUUCAGAGUAUGGAAUCAGGUGGUGGGGAGUACCUGAAAUUGUUCGAGGAAGAGACCACUCUUUACAACCACAUUGUUCUGGGAAAUCUUCUCCCUUGUAGGCUGUGGUACCCACUCCCCCACUUCUUCCAGACUUGGCUUCGAAACUACAUUGCCGGUACCUUGCUUUACUUCAUCUCCGGCUUCUUAUGGUGUUUCUAUAUUUAUUACUGGAAGCGCAAUGUCUAUGUGCCUAAAGAUGCCAUUCCCUCUAAUAAGGCGAUGCUCUUGCAAAUAUUUGUUGCCAUGAAGGCCAUGCCAUGGUAUUGUGCGCUUCCAGCUAUUUCUGAGUACAUGGUUGAAAAUGGCUGGACAAGGUGUUUUUCAAGAAUUAGUGAUGUCGGUUUGCCUGCCUACCUCAUCUAUCUAGUAAUCAAUCUUGUGGUUGUGGAGUUUGGAAUUUAUUGGAUGCACAGGGAACUUCAUGACAUAAAACCACUGUAUAAAUAUCUUCAUGCUAUCCAUCACAUCUACAACAAGCAAAAUACUCUCUCUCCAUUCGCUGGUCUGGCCUUCCACCCGCUUGAUGGGAUAUUGCAGGCAAUACCGCACGUCAUCGCACUAUUUAUUGUGCCAAUGCAUUUUACUUCACACCUAGCGCUCUUAUUUAUCGAGGCAAUAUGGACGGCAAACAUUCAUGACUGCAUCAAUGCCAACAUAUGGCCUAUAAUGGGUGCUGGCUACCACACCAUUCACCACACUACAUAUCGCCAUAACUACGGCCAUUACAGUAUAUGGAUGGAUUGGAUGUUUGGAACUCUUCGGGAUCCAAUGGACGAAGGAUCAAAGAAGGUGAUGUGAUGUACUUGCUGUAUCGACUGCUUUUCAGUCCUCAAGAUUUUUCUAGUGAUGUCAAGGUGUUAUUAGUUGAUUUUGUUAUUGUGUGAUCUUUGCAUGUAAAAAAUAUGCUGGUUGGUAGUUUUCCGGAACUUAAGAGAAUGUUAGAAGGGAUUUUGGCAGGAUUAGUGUUCCAUAAUCAAAAUUUAAUAAACUUGUAUUUAAAACUUUGUGAGGGCUCUAUUUUGAAUGGAGUAUACAAUUUUCUUAAAAACUUCAGUUCUA